GUGAGCGUACGUUCUCAACGCGUGACGCAGCACGUUUUGCUAUAAAUACGUGACGCGCGCCUGUAGCUUUCUCUCUGAUCCCACGGUUGGCCUCCAAGAUGGCGCCGCAAAAAGACAAGAAGCCUAAGAAGUCAACCUGGAAAUUUAAUUUGGACCUUACUCAUCCAGUAGAAGAUGGAAUUUUUGAUUCUGGAAAUUUUGAACAGUUUCUACGGGAGAAGGUUAAAGUCAAUGGAAAAACUGGAAAUCUGGGGAAUGUUGUUCACAUUGAACGCAUCAAGAAUAAAAUCACAGUUGUUUCUGAGAAACAGUUCUCUAAAAGGUAUUUGAAAUAUCUUACCAAGAAAUACCUUAAGAAGAACAAUCUUCGUGAUUGGCUACGUGUGGUUGCAUCUGACAAGGAGACUUAUGAACUUCGUUACUUCCAGAUUAGUCAAGAUGAAGAUGGAUCUGAAUCUGAAGACUAGAUAAGGCAGCCUCUUACAGGGUUUUGCUCGCUAAUAAAACAAAUGAAGCAUGCAAAGGAAAGAAACAUCUAGAAAUGGACUUUUUAGUUUAUUGGUGAAUAAAAAACACUGUACCCUG